AUGCCCGCCAUUCGAAAUGAUGUUGCUGCUGAUAGUCAGGAGGCAAUAGAGGCGAAGAUUCGGGAUGAGCGUCAAAAGCGUGUCACAAAGAAUGGUGUUCAGCAGUUCCGCGAAGCCACCGGGGAGCUCUCCAAGUUUGCAGUCGAUCCCUGGGCUCAAUUCGAUGGAGCCCGCCCUGUUGUCGACGAGGAUGUCGACGUGCUCAUUGUCGGAUGUGGCUUCGGUGGUGUCCUGGCCGCGAAGAAGCUCCAUGACGCUGGUGUAAAAAGAAUUCGAAUGGUUGACAAAGCUUCGGACUUUGGUGGUGUUUGGUAUUGGAACAGUUACAUAUAUAUGCCUUUACUGGAGGAGACCGGUCAUAUCCCGAGUGCUAAAUACGCUCCUGGUCAUGAGAUCCAGAGCCACAUUCAAAAUAUCGCUGAAAUGGAAGAUUUGCGACCGCGAGCGCUAUUCCAGACAGAAUUGACAGCGAUAACAUGGGAUCAGAUUUCGGGAUGUUGGGUUGGUAAAACGAGUAGAGAUGAUACGAUUCGAGCUCGAUUUGUCAUAUCAGCUAUUGGCAUUCUUCACAAACUACAUCUCCCUGGGAUUCCUGGAAUUGAAGAUUUCAAAGGCCACAGCUUUCAUUCGUCGCGAUGGGACUACGAUUAUACCGGUGGUGAUCGAUUUGAUCAGCCUUUGAAUAAGUUGCACGGCAAGCGCGUUGGUCUGGUUGGAACUGGGGCAUCAACCAUCCAAGCGUUACCCCAUCUGGCUGCCUCUGGAGCAGAGGUUUUUGUCUUCCAGAGAACUCCCUCAUCGGUAGAUAGACGAGACAAUGUCGAAACCGAUCAGACUUGGUUCUCCUCGAUGGCGUCAAAGCCAGGGUGGCAAUAUGAACGUGUCAACAACUUCGACGCUGUGUUUAACGGAUCUAACCCCGGGGUGGACAUGGUGGACGAUGGGUGGACGAAGCACAUAUUCGCACUCCACGAUCAGGAGGAGCGGGAAUCAUUCAAGGAGCGUCUACAAAAUGUUGAGUCUGCGAAAAUGGAGGAAAUCCGGAGGCGGGUCGAUAGCAUCGUCCAUAAUUCUCCCACAGCGGAGGCGCUGAAAGCUUGGUACAAUCGCGGAUGCAAGCGGCCGUGCUUUAAUGAUCAAUUUUUGCCAGCCUUCAACAUGCCCAAUGUGCAUCUGGUUGACACGGAUGGCAAAGGGGUUGAAAGUGUCACCGAGCAGGGCGUUGUUGCCGCGGGAGUUGAACACAAGCUCGACUGCAUCAUUUAUGCAACCGGGUUUGACUGGGGAAAUGACUAUUCGGAGCGUGCGAAUAUGACAAUUACAGGACGGGAUGAAAUCACGAUGUCGGAGAAAUGGAUUACCGGACCGAGCACGCUUCAUGGAAUGUUGGGUCGAGAUUUCCCUAAUUUGUUGCUCUUCACCCAUCUUCAGAGCUCCACGUCUCCCAACUAUACCCAUCUCCUGCAUGAGAGAGCACAGCAUGCCGCCUACAUUGUCGCAGAGACCAUGCGACGAAAUGCCAAAUCGGUUGAACCCACACAGGAAGCGGAAAAUGCUUGGGUGAAGACGCUCGAGGGCAUUGCAAUGCAGCAUCUGGGAUUCUUCCAGCAAUGCACAAGAGGGUAUCUCAAUCAAGAAGGACAAAUCUCACAGGCCAACCUCCGCAAUGCUUCAGUAGGUAUGUCAACAGGUGAUUGGGCAGCAUUAACAGCUGCAUGGCGCAUUGAUGGGCGCAUGGAAGGAGUGGAGUUCGAUCGCGAUUGA